AUGUCAGUGGUAGCGCUAUACAAAAGCUCCAAGGAAGCCGAGGGAAAGGCGCUUGAGAUUGUAUUUGGGAAUGGAGUUAAGUAUCAGCACUGGACCGUGAACACUUUGAUGGCCAUUCUGCAUAGGCGAGUAGUUCGCUUAUCCACAGAAGAGAAAGCUGGGCUUCUGGAACAUCUUUCCAGCGCUUGUAAGUGCCGAAAAGCUAUCGCGAUUUUCUUUGAGAAUGCUCCUGAACCGGCGAUCCGAGGGCACGAGUACUAUCUCGGGCGGUUGGAAGAGUUCUGCAGCUCGUUAGAACCUAAAUGGAUACCCAGCACUGAGCCAAUACACCACUAUCCUGAGCACGAUGAUGGAGAACGCCCACUUUCAAAACUCUAUUUCGAUCUGCUUUUAUCGAGUGUCGAUGAGAUCGAACCCCGUCUGGCCUUUAUUCAAGACAUUCAUCAAAGGUCCCUGGAGGGCAGAAUCUGUAUUGGCGCUCUUCCGAUAUUGUGCGAUACCCAGUACAAAGAGAUUUUUGCUUUGUGCGAAAAUUUUAGGCUUCUUGCAGAAGAGCUGGGCAUAGACGCGAAUAGCUGGGAUGAACUUCGACGCAGGGUUGGAUCUUUCGGAGUCAAAAUGGAUAUCUUCCCAGCAUUGAUCGAUAACAAUGAGGCGGUCCCAGGUGGGACCUCGCCUGCCCCGGUCCUUCGAGCGAGGCUCUUGGAUGAUCUCUAUGCCUCGGUAAUCUGGGAACCGUCGAGCCUGGAGAGGUUCCGAAAAGACACGAUCUCGGAGAUCAUGUAUCUUCGGGCGCUGUUAAAAUAUGGGCGAAUUCAAGAGAUUGACCAGGUGGACGCUCUUUCACGUCUGCUCGGUGAAGACCAACAUGACGCACAGGGUACGCGUGAUAUAUCUCGACUUGCUGCCAUAUACUCAUGCAAAAUUCAACCGACUUUCUUUUGCACACUCUUUGACAAUGAGUAUCGACUAUCAGAGGCAUCGCGGAGCGGGAGAUUGAAGCGAUUCUACCGUCAAUCUGCCGCUGAAUGCCUUGUUGAGCUCGAUUUGGAAACAAGAGACUGCCUCGUACUUGAUCCCUUUUUGAUCAUUCAAUCGACCUUUUCAACUCUUGAAGAAAUUGGCGGUUCUGACAUUGACGCUUCCGGGUUUGAUGCUUCCGAAGCAUCUAAUCGCGAUAUGAAAUUUGCGGAAUUCAUCUAUCAGAAGAGGAACGAUGAGGGCUUCGUGGCUAAAUUUCUCUCUCACUUCUUGGAACGUUGGGGUAAAAUUAGGAAUGCCAGGCUACCCCGGGACUACAGCACUCAACAUAUGCAUUCGUUGGGCAAGUGGUAUUGA